CUUCUCUCUUGGUCUAGCCAGCGUGGCGCCAAACUACGUACUACUCUUGUAGAACAGACAGAAAGGCGUCGUCUUCUGGUUGACUUAUCCAAUUGGCUUAACCUAGCCGAGGCCCGUGUUUCUAGUGAUCUGCAACUUACUAUAGAUACACAGGAUGAACAGAAUUCUGAGGCGAAAAUCUCUGUAGAUAAAGGUAUGGCUACUGCAGAUGAUAUGACCCCCAGAUUAAGCAUUUCUGUCAUUGACAAAGACAGCACUGAGGCUACUAUUCCAGAACCAGGUGACACUGCCAUUUUAAACCCAACUGAUAGAACAAAUGGUAAAAUAAGUCCAGGCUCGCGAAUGCCCGCUAGCCAACAGAUUGUCGUGCCACUGGAGCUAGUUAAUGAUUUAAUUCAAGUAAAUCAGCUCAUGAACGAGCAUACAGCCCUUGAGGCUGAGAUGAUGCAACGCCAGGCCCACUUUGAUCUUAUCCUACGCCAUGCCCGCCAUACCCAACCUGCAUCUCUUGCUCAUACCGAGGCUAAUGGAUGCCCAAAUUUGGGUCCUAUGCUGAAUAGCUUGGCGAGACGUGGCGUAAAUCAGGCAUUGACAACUUCGGGGGCAUCUGGAGGUCAGCAGCGUCCUGCCUCUCAAGUCCCUUCCGGGAUUCGGUCAAGCCUAGGUGAGCCCGUUUUUGUGAGUCCAAUUGUAGCCAGACUGCAGAUGCGCUGGCGUGCCCUCUGGCUACAGUCAAUGUCACGACGUGCCCGCCUUCAUAAUCGCCUUAAUUAUCUUGCCGAGAUGGAUCGAUUAAAGAACUUCACCUACGAGGCCUGGCGCCAACGUUAUGUAGCCUGGCUAACUGCGAAGAAAGCUCGUGUGAUUGACCUUUUCCAUCGAAAGGACAUCGACCGGGAUGGCCGGCUUAGUUUACAUGAAUUCGUUGAUGCUGUUAUAGAGUCGAGAUUUCCUACAACGCGCAUGGAAAUGCAACUAGUAGCCAGUGUGUUCGAUGCAAAUCAGGAUGGUUAUAUAGACUACCGUGAGUGCUUAGCUGCCCUGAAACCUCCCACAUCAAACCAGGAAGGUGGGCCAUCUUCUGAUGGCGUUGGAGACAAUAUAGAAGGUGUAGUGAUCCAAGACGAGGUGAAACGUCAAAUCGGUCUAUGCACUUGCCACAGCACUUAUCGAAUCUUUCAUGUGCGCUCGAAAUCAUACAAAGCCUACCAAUAA